AUGAUAAAGGGUCUAAUUCUUCUGGUAUUUGUCGCAGUGGCAUUUGCUCAGUGCCGCCCAGAAUGCCAACAACCACUUCAUUUUGGAGUUAAACAGUGUACCAACACUUCAUCGGUUAGAUUCCACUUCGAUACCAUUGCCAAAAAAUGUCUUGCCUUCAAAUACUCGGGUUGCGGGGGAAAUGCCAACAACUUUGUCUCCUACAAUGAUUGCCAAUCGUUCUGUGUUCCAAUGGAUUAUUUCACUUGUCCAGGUGGAAGUGCUGCUGUCGUCGGAAAGAAUGGAAAGUCCCACUGUGGAGGAAUGGAAAAUCUCCAAUGCGAUGGUCCAAAUUCUUUCUGCCUGAAUGGACCAUUCAUGGGAAUGUGCUGUGAUGCUGGAGCCAGAGUGAACAAGAUGAACGCUGAUUACGAAAAAGAGUGCGGUCCAGGAAAGCUGAAGCAUCAAAUGGAUAUCGGAGGAAUUAACAUCCCAAUGUUCGGAAAAACAUGUGAUUCUGCAUUCUGUCCACAGAACACCAAGUGCCAUCAAGGAAACUAUUUUGCCUAUUGCUGUGCCUAA